GAGCGAACUUCGGGACGGCGUGACAUUUCCGCAUGUCAAUAAAAACACACACAUUUCCUGAAGUCAGGAAGGAAACAGCAGAAAGUUAAAUAUGUACCUGAGAGCUCUGAUGCGUUCACUGGAGUCCAAAGUUAGCGAACAAACUUUCGGUCACAUGAUGUGAAGCAGACAGAGACAGACAGCAGCCGUAAGGUGCCGCCUCUACUCCGGGACUGCUCGUAAAAGAAAGUGGGCUUUUUUAAGGUGAAAACUAGAGACAGUAAGGCGAACACAUGCUGAAGUUAAAGCCGAAGUUUGACCUGAACAGAGAUGUGGUGUCGGACAUCCUCAGGAAGGAGGCGUCGGUGUGUCGAGUCAAAGAAUACUCUGAAGCAGUGGACAUUCGUAUCCUGAACAUCGAGAGAGAUGGGGGCAUCCUUUACUCCUGGAAGGGAGCAACAGGUACCACCAGGAUCGGGAAAUACGACUCCAGCAGCAAACAGAACAAGCUCCUGUACACAUUUGACAAGCAGGUGUGCGUCAGCAGCUGCUCCCUGAACAAGGAGGAGACGCUGUUAGCUGUCAGCUUGGCACAAAAUACCAGAGGAUAUGACCGCCUCAACCCAAUUUCAAAGUGUCUAACCCUCCUGAUUGAGAUCCAUCCCAUCAACAACACUAAAGUCCUCAAGGCGGUGGACUGCAGAGUCAAAGUGCAGUUCCUUCAUCAAGACACUGACAGGAGAUCAGUGCUGGAGAGCCAUCUGCUGCUGCUGACUGAAGAUGGAUAUGUGGAUCUGUACCAUGUGUUGCUGACCAAGCAGGAAGGUUAUAGGGUGGUGAUGGCAAAUCCCGAGCGCUUGUCCAGGACGGCAGAGCGAAUAGUAGAAGAUUUCUGCUGGGUCCAGUGGGACGGACACACACAAAGACUCUACUAUCUCACACACAAGGACAAGUUCUUCCUGCGAUGUGUUCAGUUCUACCCAAACCAUAACUGUGAAACUGUGUUGGAGCUCCCAUUAGAGUUUCCUGCUAAUUCUUUCCGCACAGUCAAGUUUGCAAAUCUGGGUUUUGAUCAUUAUCACACAGAGAGACCAGAGCAGGACCUAGUUAGGAUGGAAGUGUUCACAAACAGAAUAGGAAGCCUGUGUGUGUGCUACAGCCAGCCCCUCAAAGACAAACAGGAACUGAUCUACACUGUGGUUUUAGUUCACAAAGACUGCAGCAAGAAGUUCAGAGUGUCUCUGGGUGGUGACGACUCACCCCGAAAAGCCUCACAGCUCCAUCCACUAUUCAUCCCAAUAGGUUACUACAUCCUGGUGUAUCUGCAGGGUUCUAUCCUCCACUGUAUCAACACCAGGCAGCAGGAGAUGCUCUGUCACUCCCUCUUCCUCUGUGGUACAGACGCGAACUUGGGCCUGCAGAGUCAGUCGUCAAAUAUUAUAGUUUUGCAUGCAGAGGAAGAGCCUAGCGGUUGUCUGUUGGACCUGAUCAGUGGGAGGAUCCACACUGCUGAGCUUUGCCCUGCCUUCCUGCUGCAGAUACUGCAAUCAGGCACAAGUUCUAGGUGCCCCAGCAGUAAGACUGACCCUCAGCGCCUGGCUGCACUCCACUGCCUGCUGGUUUACAUGGGAAAUGACCCAAACCUGGAGCUGAAGAUCAUCGAAUGGCUCUGUGACAACGUGAACACCUUUGAAUCCUUCAGUCAGAUCCAGGAAUUCAUUUUAGCCUCUUUGUACAGAAUAGGCUAUGAGAAGUCUCUCGGCUUGGAUAAAGUCCUACCGUACUCCUCUGUAUUCGACACCAAGGUGGUACCAGUGUGUUUGUUAGAGGUUCCUGGUGUGUUUUGCAUCACUGAGCUGCAUAUUGAAACUGUCUUCAAAGGGAAGGCCAGGAGUCUCCAGGGUUUCUGGUCAGAGCUGCAGUGGAACACAGAGAGGACAAAAUAUCUGGAUGCUGCUCCCAACCCCAGAUACAGACCCUCACACAUCCAGGCCGACUGGGAUAAACUGGUGGCAGAGAGGUUCGAGAAGAGACCUUCCAGCCACAUGAAUCACAUGGAAGAGAACACAAAGAAAGUUCUAUCAAUGGUGGACACCUGGUGUCUCGAUAAGAAGCUGGUGCCACUUUUCCAGGAGGAGGACCAUCAACAGAGGGCACUCAUAGGCCUGACGGUUGAGAAGCUCCGAGAUCACCUCAACAGACACCUGCCUCGACUGGGGAAGAAGAAGAUCGACUCGCUGGUUGUCAACUACGUAGCCAAACUGCUGGAGCUCAUCAGACACAUGCUGGAGUCAGUCUGGCUGAAGUACAAACUCGGCCCUCGUGCUUUGAGCUUGACUCAGCAGGGCAGUCCGUCUGAGUGGUCAGUGUUUCACUUCAUGUUUCGGAUCCUGGAAUCCACCCAGGGUCUCUGCCUGCCCCUCCCACCCGGAUAUCACACCCUGUUUGCUGUGUUUGCCAUGCGUUGCCUCCCUCAUCACACCUUUCUGCAGUACAUCGAUCACGGUUUCCUGCAGCUCACCGAAACCUUUGUGUCUCGUCUCAUGACAGAUUUGGACAACAGCGACGCCAACGAGAGACUGAAGUUCAGCGUACUUAAGAGACUCCCUCAGGAUAUGGAGCAAAGGAUCUACCAUAUGUGGGAUCAUCCUGUCAGCUCGGCUUCAAUCUCCAGAGAUUAUGUCAGGACUCUGCUAGAGAAACACAACAAAAACAAGGGAUUUGCAUUCACUGGCAGAGACAAGCCCGGCUUCAGACCUGAGUUUCUGCCUCUUACCUACCUGGCAAAAAUACUCUCUGAUAUAGAGGAACAAGCUCUGAACCCGUUCGAGGAGCAGGAGAACGUGGACGCCAAGUUUGUGGAGGAGACGGCUCUGAAACAGACGCUGAUACUGCUGGGCUUUGAGAAAAAAUGAAGGAUGAAGAAGGGCGGCGGGGGACGCUGGGGUUGGAUGGAUUGAGAGGGAAAAACAGAUGAGGGGGAAAAUGUGUUUGAGAGAGACAGAACAGCCAUCAUCGACUGGGCCUCGAGGACAAGUAACGGAUGGAUGGAUGAUGGAAGGACGGAGGAGGCGAGAAAUGAAAGAUGAACGGGAAGAGUGAAAAGGCAGAGCGCUCGUAAACAAGUUCUCAGUGUUUGAUGACAAAUUAGGGCGUGGACGGACAGAUAGAUGGAUGGAGACGCCCGGAAUUAGAAGCAGACGGGAUGAGGGAGGAAAAAGUGAAGCCUGUAUGCACCAAAAAUUAAAACCCAAACACAGUUGUACCUUAAAUUAGCGCUUUAGCUCCAUUUCUGGACACAUGUUGAAAUUCCUCAUUGAAACCAAUAACCACAGGCAGCUAUUUCCUAUUAACUCAGCUACAAUUCUCCCCACUUUGUUUUUACACAAUUUAUGAACACCGAUGUCAAAACCGGCGAACGGUAUUUAUAAAUCAAACACGCUUGUUUAUCCCCCUGUGCUUCCUGUAAUGCCGCUGCACCCCAUCAACUUGAUUACAUGCUGACAAACGCUCCGAGAGGCUUGAUAUGGUCGGUCGGUGGGCGCCGCGCAUUAAAUCUGGUUUCCGACUCGUCCUGAACCUUUUGCUGCACGGUGAGACUUCAGUGCUGUUCACAGUUUGGACAAAGUAACAGAACACUUCGCACUGAUUAGAGCCGAAUCGGAAUGAGGGGAUUAGAAGGAGCCAAGCACAAAUGAUUUGUAAGAUUUGAAACAACUGGAAGAAUCAGUGCAGAAUUCUCUAUGAAUAAAGGGUUGAUACUAAAACAGGAAGAUAUUACUCAGCUGCAAACGUCUGGAUUGAAUAAUAAGGUGGCAUUCUUACUGUAAGAGGAGAAAUUGUUUUGUAGUCAUGUGUUUGUGAUCCUUUUUAGAUUGUUGGCACCAUUUGCUACUAAAUUCCAGACUAUUUACAUCUCAUGUUGAUUGCAAAAAUGUCUUCUGAAAGAAGAGAUUUCUCAAUAUGUUUAUAUCAACAAACUGUCAAAUGGAUUACAAAUAAAGAGAAUUUUUUUUCAA